UGUAAUGAAUGGGAGUAGCAGUAGAAGGAUCUUUGGAUCUGAUAAUCAGGAAGGGCCUAAAGGGUAGCGUGAUUGGGACUGUUUACAAUGAUUUACCUGCGAGUAAAAUAUUCUGAAUGAGAGUCGUUUCUGAUAUUUUAGAUAGACAAGCAAAAGUCAAGACACACAUGGCAGUAGACGCGCGGAUGGAGCUGGGAGUCCCGUGAUAAAUAAAAUAUUAAGAUCAGAGUCUAAAUCAAUCGUUAUCAAAUGUGUGAUUCUGAUUGUCUUAGUCAAACAAAAAUUUUUUUUCUUUCAGCGCUAUAGAUGUGAGAGGCUAACGGAUCGUUUGACCCUCUCCAUUGACGAAUGAUUCCUACUGAAAGCACACGAGCCACAGUUCUUCGGGUAACACGCGUAGACGCAAGACUGUGCGUCAUUCGUUUAGAAGUAGCUGAAGGGAAUAUAUUCAGGAUUAUAGUGAGAAACAGAUCUAUUAGGUAAUGCGUUGAUUAAAGUGUAUAGAUAAAAGCACAUUCCACAGUAAUAUCAAUGUGAUGUGGUAUUUUGUUAAUUGCAUUGUUCUUUAACUGAUGAGUUGAAGUUAUUGGAGUGUUGAAGGGAAUUCAUUGAUGUGCACGACAACAGUGAAUUGUUGCCAAGAUUAUUUUAUUUUCGAUUGAGUAUGGUAGCUGGCGACGUACAAAACGGACUUAGCAUCAUACAAUUGACUGAUCAUUUUCGGGAAAAUGAAUUCGAGGGUAGGAAGGAGACAAAAAAUACGCCACCUGCAGAGCUUGAAGAUGCACUCACUGCCACAGGUUUUGGAUUCUACAAUAUUCUCACCGUAUUGGCAGCUAUUCCAGUGGCCUGGGCCGGAGCUUUUGACAUAACAUCUAUGGCAUUCAUCCUUGCAUCGGCGGAAUGUGACCUGGAGUUAACAUUUGUCAAGAAGGGAGCACUCGUUUCCUCCGUUUAUUUCGGAAUGAUGAUGAGUUCAUUUUUCUGGAGCUUCGCAACAGAUCGCCUUAGUCGUAAACCUCUGAUGCUCCUGGGCCUGAUCAUCGAUGCCCUCUGCAAUAUUUUGUGCUGCAUCGUUGAAUCUUAUUACAUAAUGCUUCUUCUGAAGUUCAUCACUGGCACCAUAGUUAGCGGCCCAUUUACGCUUUUAAUACCAUACGUUAAUGAGUUCCAACCCGUUAAUUAUCGUCAGAAUUUUACCACGUGGUCUGGACUCGUCUUCAACGCCGGACUCAUUAUUCCGGCAAUACUGGCUUUUAAUAUCACGCCUCAACGAUGGUCAUUUGUGCUGCUUGAUCACGAAUAUACCGCAUGGAGGAUAUUCCUAAUGACAUGCACCCUGCCAUCAAUCAUUGGUAUUGUAACAAUGAGUCUCUUCUCUGAAAGCCCCAAACGACUGAUCGAGACUGAACACGUCACCAAGGUGCUCAGUUUACUCAGAAGGAUGUACGUUAUCAACAAUUUCAAAUCACCUGACACAUACCCGAUAAAGAGCCUACAGUCAAUAAGGUCAUGCAUUCGGGAGAUUCCUAAGACGAAUGUAGAUAGGAUUAAAGGAACGUGGAGUGAUAUAAAGGAGCUGUGUAAUAAAAAAUACUGGAAGCCUUUUUUUAUUAUUAACUUUCUGCAGUUUGGCAGUAUAUUGGGGUUCAACAUAAUGAGACUCUGGGUACCACAUAUGUUUAUGAUUAUCAAUAAUUUUGAUCCCACCAUGUGGGAUUGGUCAGCUGGUAAUCCAACUAUGUGUGAUUACUUGUCGAGGGCUGUAAUCCCUGAAGGUCCAACCAACGACACACUUUAUGCAAAUAACUGUGCUCAGUGGCGAAUCAACCCCAUCAUCUACGUCAGGUCAACUAUAAUAGCAUUUUCGACUGUUGUUUUUGCGUUUCUAUUCGCUCAAUUAUACACAACGAGACUUAGAAAACGAAUUGCAAUGACAUUCUGUUAUGUUGUUGCUAUAAUCAGCAGUUUCAUAGCAAAUUGGGUCCAACUUGUCCCUAUAAUGCUGGUCCUGUCGUCGUCCAUUGUUGUUACUGGCCGUAUAACGGGUAACAUAGUUAUCGCUAUUAACACCACUACUAUUCCACUACCAUUAAGGACAACUGCUGUUAGCUUUAUUAACAAUACGGGAAAUCUAGCGACUAUUGUUGGUAAUUUGAUUUUUAGCUGUUUACUUGGAUUCCAUUGUUACAGUGCCUUUGUCGGAAUCGGAUGUAUUUUAUUACUUUGUCUGGUGCUGUCAUUUUUCACGCUAACACUGCCAAAAGAUAGAAUGGACACCAAGAUGUGAUGAAUGCUCACGAUAUCAAGAGACUUACCUCAUUGACAAGGAACAUCGCUCAUAGAUUUCAGCCAAAUGCUGCUGGGUCAGAGGGAAACUACCGGAAGUUCAAUGAAGGAACAUGAGCAAUCCUUUAAUAUGAGAAUUCCGUAGUUCAUGCAGGAGUCUUCGAGUGCCAUAAUGAAAAUCGACAAUUCAGUUUCCACUUCAUAAGUUUUUAUCAAACCAGAGGAAAUAAAAGUUAUUUUAAUCGACCCGUUUUUACGCAUGACUAUGUUUUCCAGGAAGAAAGCAUUCAAAAAUAUUUCAAAGACAGUCCUCCAUAGUUAUUCAUUAUUGAUAAUUUUUCUGAUUCUGAAAAUAACAUUCAAUUACGUAUGAGCAGUCUUACGCUUCUGUCUUGCAGUUUUUUUUCAGCUGAAAUUUCGCGCUCGUUUCAAUGAAAUCAUUUUCAUGAAUCUCAGAAAAUUGAAAGUUACAAAUACACUCAGUGAAACCAUUGACGGUAAUUUUAAUUUCUGUUUUUCUUUAUUUGCAAGCCAGACUACUCUUAUUGAAGUCUCCAAUUUUGAGAUUAAAAAAAAAUGCCCAUUCUCGAUUUUUUUUUAUUAAAAAAAAAUGAAAUUCAACGAGAAACUGAAGAGCACACAGUAGCAAUUCUAUACACCGUAAAAUUAUUCUUCUUCCUUUCCCCUUUUUCUUUAUUUUUGAAUAUAAAAAAUUAUGUGUUGCGGGGAUUAACGAAAAUCACUGGGUCGGUGACUUGACAACUUCCACAAAAAAAAUAAUUUCAGAUCAAAUAUUUGCAAUCAGUAAAAAUUCCUCAAUGAAUAUCGUACAAAGUUUUAUUUGUAAAAAAUUUUAAUGAUAACUUUCCACAUUUUAGUCUCAUUCCAUUUUUAUUUAUAAAAUUGUAAUCAACUUUUCUCUUCUGGCAGUUGAAUCGUUUAUACUGCAGUAUUAAAACAUUGGUACUAACUUAUGUGCUUAACAUUUGUUACUUAACAGUUAGGAAAUGAGAUUCUGCGGAAGCUGAAUGAAAUCACUGUAAUAUUUCAUCAUUCCAAAUAAUAAAUUAUCUACAACAA